UUUACAUUUGUGUAUUGUCGUUCUGUUCUUUUAACUGUUAACAUGUCAAAAUUAAAAAAAAAUUUGUUUUUUCAAAUCACAUAUGCCCAACAAUUAUUGGAUUCAAUUUUUGACUGCCAGUAACUGUGCGAAAAAUGCGUAUCCGAUGAGCUCACACUUUGACGCACAACUGCAGACAUGAACACACACAGACCCACUCACACAAUCACGCGCUGUCGUCAAUCAAUCAAUCAAUCCAUCCAUCAUCAUUGAAUCGGCAACAACAGCAGCAGCAACAGACCAGCAUCAAAAUGGCCAACAAACUUUCAGGAGACCGGAUGCGUCGCGAAUUCCUGCAACACUCGCAACGAGGAGAUGCUAAAAUUGCGCAUUCGCAGCUGGGCGAUUGUCUGCGUGUCCUGGGCCUCAAUCCCAGCGAGGCAAGCAUACGUCAGCACAUCCGACAGUUGCAUGAACAGCACAUCGAGCGCAUAUCCUUUGACGAGUUCAUGUCCAUCUACAAUAGCAUUCAGUCGGAGGACUCCGAUUCUCCAGAGGCCGAACAUUUUAUUGCCGGUCUACGCCUUUUAGAUGAGCAGCAUACGGGUUACAUAGCAGCGAGCCGGCUAAGAUACAUUCUGGCCAACUGUGGUGAAUGUCUGACUGAAGCCGAAUUGGACGAGUUGUUGGAGCAUCAUGUCAACGAUCAGGGUUUGGUCGAUUAUGCAGAGCUAGUGCAUGCCCUUAUGGCUGAAAGCUAGAUGGAAACACAGAACACACUCACUUCAAUGCUAAACACGAACAUUUUGGAAAUCAAUAAAAAAAUAUUGUAUAAUGAAUGACAAAAAUUCAUUUUAUCACUCUUAUAAA